AUGGCGAAAAUCAUUAAGCACUCGAACGAUAAUUUCUUAUGGGUAUAUUUGGUGUUGGUAGAGAUCAAGGACUGCAAUACCGAAGACGACGUGCGGGAAAGGCUCGAGGAGCUUCCACCAGGCAUGGAAGAACUGUACCAACGUAUGGAGGAAACGAUUCGUCGCAUUCGUCGACCUUCCGACAGAGGUCUUGCCCGCCAGCUUCUUCUGUGGGCCAUGUACGCCCGACGAUCCAUCGAUAUCGACGAACUUUCGGCGUUGCUCGAACCAGAAUUUGGUCAAUUACUUGACAUCACGAGCACUAUCAGUAGACUGUGCGGACAGUUCAUUGCUGUGGAGGGCCAGGACAGAAUCGCCCUGUUACAUCAGUCAGCUCGGGAGUACCUGAUGCAGACCAGAACUUUGCCCUUCUCCCUCGGAUCUUUCGAGGCUCAUAUCGAGCUAUUUGAGAAGUCCAUGAGCGCUUUUAUGAAGAGGGAGAUUCGGUCGAGACUGCAACCCAAUGAGCUGAAGUGCUUGGAGUAUCGAGCUACUUCAUGGCCCCAUCACCUCGAGGCCAUCAGGCAGCCAGAGGAUUCCGAUCAACAGCUAGAUCUCCUCGUCACAUUCUUUACACAGUCAUAUGCUCUGAUAUGGAUCCAGGUACUGGCUGUUAUGGGUCAGCUCAAGGUGCUCAUUGAGGCUUCGCACGCGGUGAGCACUUUUGUGCAUCGCAAGUGCCGCAUCGAUGUCACUCGCGCAGCUGCCUCUCGGAGAUUCGAAGAUUUAGAACUUCUUGACAGUUGGUCUCACGACUUACUGAAAAUACCAGGCAAGUUCGGCAGUAGCCUAACACAAGAUCCGUCGUCGAUUUUCACGUCAGUUGCCUCGUUCUCGCCAUUGAGGUCGGCUGUCUAUCGGUACUUCUCUAAGAUUGCCGCACCAUCAGUGUCUGUUCGUGGUCUUCCAGACGAUCGGGACGAUUGUCUUGCAAGAGUUACCUUGGGAGCUGGUUCCCGAGCAACCUUGAUAGCAUCGUCAGGCCGAUACGUGGCUGUUGCGGAUGACACCGGAACGGUAGUGUUGUGGGACUGUACGACUUUUCAGCAGACUCGUCGUCUUGAGCAUCGAGAGCGGAUUUCAGCCAUGUCUUUCAAUUCCCGAGGAGACCAGAUUGCGACAUAUGGGACCACCAGCACCAUAAUUUGGUCUCCGCACUCAGGCAAACCUGUUCGAAAUUUGGCCAACCUUCGGGAAAUCAAUGCGCUCUGCCUGAACUAUGUGGAGAAUGAUACGAUACUUCUUGUGGGAUCAGAUCUACGAUGUAUACUGGAGCAUAGGCUCGAACGUCGGGACGUUCUGUGGACAGCUUUGGACCCCUCGCUGCUCAGUGAUGUUGACAGCCUCCAGGGAACACAGCUCAACUCACCCUCGGCACUGGCUAUAAGUCCGGAUGGCAGCAAGGUGGCGGCCGCUUAUAGAAGAUUCCCCUUGACAAUCUGGUCCAUUAACCCGCCCAAGAUCAUCAAGAGGUUCACUCGAGAACGAAUACCAGGCCGACCUGGUGUCCCGCUGCCUUUCGCCAGCAAGAUAUCCUGGCACCCAGAUAGUGGAGAGAUCCUCGGGUUGUUCCUAGAUGGCUACUCAUUCAGAUUUUCUAUUCUUGACGACCGGCUUGAGGAACAUCCACCAGAUCCUGCAAAAAUGCCGGCCGAUAUACAUUGCAGUCCUGAUGGUUUGAUAUACGCAGUUCGAGGAACUAGUGGAACGAUCAAACUCUACGAUUAUCACAGCGCAACCCUGCUUUACCAGCUGACUUCGAGGGGUGACUCUGUGAGCUCUUUCUGUUUUAGCCAGGACGGUCGUCGUUUCUUCCAGCUCCGAGGUAAUCAUUGCACUGUGUGGGAGCCCAACAGUCUCAUCAGGCUAUCCGCCGUCGAUGAUCAUGCUGUCAAUAGCCAAUCAUCUCCUGAGGAAAGUAUAGAACCAUCAAACUUUGCUUCUGAGGCUUUGACGGACGACAAGCCUCCGAUCAUGGUGGUCAGCGAGUCCCCAAAAUCGUCUCUCGUUUGUCUUGGAGAUGAAGAUGGCCUCAUCGAGCUUUUCGAUCACGAAACCAUGCAGAAACUCGAAGUUGGAAGGACCGCCACUGAAUUGGGUAUCGAACACGUGGCGUGGAGUAUUAAUGGCAAUCGUCUCUGCUACUCGGAAGUCAGUGGGCGACUCACCCUCAUCGAGAUCUCGAGCUCCAAGGGAAGCUGGCAGUACCGCAGGAUCAAGCGCUUCAAGCCCAAGGUGGAAGGGGACGGUAUCCUUCAAAUACUUCUUUCACCUGACGAUGAAUCGAUUCUUGUCGUGUCUCCAUCGUCAGCUCGACGCUGGUCUCUUGCAUCAGCAGAUGUACUGGCAACGAACGAGUUGGAUGCAUGUGCUCUUCCCGCCCAAUGGGUAAAACACCCGGCUUCAGAGCAACACAUCAUUUCCAUUAACCCUCAAUCUGUUCGAGUGUACCAGUGGUCCGACUUGAAGGAGAUAUCAUCCAUUCUGAUGCCCCAAAUAGCGUUCCAGAGACGGCCAACAAUGAUCGAAGUGGACCCACCGUCCCCGAGCCACAAAACCCCCAGCACGAUCAUUUUCAAAGUCGAGGAAGAGAUAGACCUGGUCGUUUCGACUCACCUUAGUGGCCAUGUACUCAUCCGAACCUCAAGGCUGAGCUCAUCAUCUACUCUAGUACCUAGGUUGCAGGUCCUAAGCACUUCAGACACCGCGAAAUUCCCAGAACUUGAUUCCAGUUGCGAUCUGGUCUUCCUCGAUAUACCUUCCGCAGUCGCAGAGCUCACCGAAAUACCUCUCAACAUUCUUCCAAAUGAGCGCUUCGUAUUCAUUGAUCGGUCGUUCCGUGUCUGCACAUGGCCUCUGCGAUCAAAGCGAGAUGCCGAGGAUAUCAAACGUCAUUUCUUCAUUCCCAGAGACUGGGUGCCAGAACAGAAUCUGAAACUCCUUCAAGUUACCCGCCACGGUUCAAUUUUGUGUCCUCGAAGCGAGGGUUUCGUUAUCAUUGAUAGCUCUAUGGCAUCUGAGUGGUAG